AUGUGCGCCAGCUCGGCCGACGCUUCCUCGUGCGCACAGCUGAGGGGACCAGCGGAGCCCGUCGGCAGCGCGAUGCAAGUGUUCGGCACUACAGCGCACCCUCCGCCCUCGUUCGUCGAGUACCAGCGGCUGCAGCUGUUCGACUACAGCCAAGCCAGCCGGCUGCGCAUCGUGCAGCCCGGUCUCCUGGGCGCCUAUGCCGGUGCCUUCAGCCCGUACGCGCCACCUCCGGGAGCCGAGAGCCUGUUCGGCUUCCCGCCUUUCUUCCGGUUCGACCCGAGGUCUCGCUUCGUUCAGGAGGAGCCCAAGCCUCAGCACAGCUACAUCGGGCUCAUAGCGAUGGCCAUCCUCAGCUCGGCGGAGAAGAAGAUGGUGCUGAGCGACAUCUACCAGUACAUACUGGACAACUACCCGUACUUCCGGAACCGGGGUCCCGGCUGGCGAAACUCGAUCCGCCACAACCUGUCGCUCAACGACUGCUUCGUCAAGGCCGGCCGCAGCGCCAACGGCAAGGGCCACUACUGGGCCAUCCACCCGGCCAACGUGGACGACUUCAAAAAGGGCGACUUCCGACGCCGCAAGGCUCAGCGUAAGGUGCGCAGGCACAUGGGUCUCUCGGUGCCCGACGACGACGACAGCCCGACGCCGACGCCACCUCCCACGCUGCAGCAGCCUCCGGUCGAAGCGCAGCACACGCCGACCGCCACAAUCUGGGGGGAGGACGGCACGGCCGCGGGCCUGACGCACAAGCUGUCUUUCAAGAGACGCCAGUUCGACGUGGAGAGUCUUCUGGCGCCGGACCCGUCGCCGCUUGAGUUGCGCUCGCAGCAGCAACAGCAGCCGCCGAAGCACAGCAGUCCGUGGCCCUUGACACCCGCUGGCUGUACACUGGAGUCCAUCGGACUCCAGGGUGCGUGGCCAGGACAGCCGCAGUCUCUGCUAGCCAUUCACCAGGAGCGCUUGUCCCUUUUCAGAGCGCAGCAGCAAGAACAAAUGCUUCAACGCUGGUGUCCCCUUCAAGAUGCACGCUCUUCACCCUCCAUUUCGGACACUGAAGCUGACAAGCUGAGCGCUCCACCUUGA